AUGUCUCAAGCAGCCAAUCUCGAGGGAGUUUUCGCCGUACAUAAACCAGCGGGCAUAUCCUCCGCCGAAGUCCUUCGCAACCUCCAGCACCACUUCAACCGUUCCAAAUUCUUCCAGCCAUGGAUCUCCGCCGAGCGCGAACGUCGCCAGCAGGAGGGUGGGAAAAGAAGACGCAGAGAUAAGCGCUUACAGGUCAAACUAGGACAUGGAGGGACAUUGGACCCAAUUGCCACUGGGGUGCUGGUUACGGGUGUGGGCAAAGGAACGAAGCAGCUGAAUGGCUUUUUGGCUUGCACGAAGACCUACGAGGCGGUGAUUCUGUUUGGUGUCGCGACGGACUCGUAUGAUCGUGUGGGCAAGGUGGUUAGCCAUGCGCCAUAUGAACAUAUCACGAGAGAAAAAGUCGAGGAGGCGCUGAAGGCGUUUAGAGGAAAAACUAUGCAGCGCCCAUCGAUAUUUUCGGCUCUGAAAGUGCAGGGAAAGAAACUGUAUGAAUAUGCAAGGGAGGGAAAAGAGCCGCCUGUGGAGAUUGCAGAGAGACCAGUCGAAGUGCUGAACCUGGAGAUCGUUGAAUGGUAUGAGCCUGGAAAGCAUGAAUGGAAAUGGCCAACACAGGAGGCGGGAGCUGAGGAAAAAACCAUUGCGAAGAAGAUGAUCGCACAGGAGAAAGAUCUUAUCAAUGAGGACCUCAAGCAUGGAGAGGAAAACGACUCCUUGAAAAGAAAAACACCUCCAAUACCAGAUGACCACGCUCAGGGGACCGCACCGACUACGCAGGAGCCCUCAUUGAAACGCCAGAAAACAGAACUAUCCAACGAGGAGACCGCAACAGCUUCAGACUCAACCACACAGCAGCAAUCCGCUCCGACCCCUGAAGCUCAAAAAUCCGAACCCGCGCCCGACUCCUCAGAAUUACAUCCCCCUCCACCCGCAGUCAAGCUCACAAUGACGGUUUGCUCGGGGUUCUAUGUCCGAUCCCUCGCGCACGAUCUCGGUCUAGCACUCGGUAGCAAUGCAAUAAUGAGUGAGUUGGUACGUACGCGGCAGGGUGAUUUUGAGCUUUCCCCCGAGAGGACAUUGGAGUAUAAGGAUCUAGAAGCGGGUGAAGAAGUGUGGAGCGCAAAAAUGCAAAGGCUUCUAGAUGACUGGCGGGAAAAGAAUAAAGCAAAAGAUGGAUCUUGA